GCCCUGCGCGAGGCGCGGAGGGAGGCAGACUACCCACAGGCUGCUCCCGUUCUGAAGGAGUUGGGUGCGCUGGACGAGCAGGGCAGGAUCAACUGGAAGCAGCUCCAACAGAGCAGGCUCUUUACCGAGCUGAACCGGGUAUUUUGGCGCCAACAGGUGCACGGUGCAAGUUUUGGUCUCGCCGGGGCUUUGUUGGCCAAGUGGGUUCGCCGGCGCGAGGAUGCUCUCAAAAACGGCUGA